AUGGAAAUCCAAUUUCAGAAAGAAGAAGCAGGAUUUUUUCAAAUCCCCCAAUAUUUAUAUUUGGGAACAAAACUUGUAAAUAUUAAAAUAAUCAAUAACAAAUGUGGAUUCGACAAUGCACUUAUAGAAAUAAUAUCAUCCACUAAACCUUUCGAUAUGAUGGUAGCAGAUCUUGUACCAUACUUACAAGGAAGCACAGAAGAACAGGCAAAAAAAUUUGAAACUGUUCUGCAAUAUUUGUCAUCAGUGCUGAAUACACAUUUUCCAUGCAAAAUAUUCAAUUUUGGGUCUUCGGCAACAGGAUUAUUCCUCAAAACGUCUGAUAUUGAUAUGCACGUGGACUUGAUACCACCUGUAACGGAUUCCGAAGAGUGCAUGACUCACCUGAAACAAUGCAUAGAAAUACUUAUGGAAAAUGACGAAUUUGACAAUGUUCUAGGUGUACUGAAAGCCAAAAUUCCUUUAAUUAAAUGCGAACAUCGUCCUACUGGUUUAAACUGUGAUAUAAAAUUUAAAGGUUCUUUUGAAGUUUCAAAUACAGCGCUGUUAAUUCAUUUUCAAUCUUUGGAUGAACGUAUUAAACCACUGUUGUUACUGAUUAAAAACUGGGCUGCAAAACUGAAUUUUUUAAGAAGACAUGCAUUAUCCAGCUACGCUCUCGCAAUGAUGACUGUUUUCUUCUUGCAGCAAAAGCAUAUGUUACCAUCUGUAUAUUAUUUGCAGUCUUCUACCUCUGACCAUGGUGAAUGGAACACCGAGUUCCAAAAAGAUGUAGAGUUUGAAAUAGAAAAUAAACAAACUUUGUUUAAUUUAUUGGGGGAUUUUUUUGAAUUUUAUAAAAAUUUUGAUUUUCAAGAAGUAAUAAGCCCGCUAACUGGCACUUCACACAAUAGACAGGACUUUGCAAAAUCUGAAAACAUACCUUUCGAAUAUGAAAGGUAUAAAUUAAAAUUAGAACACGAUGAAGAUUUCAGAAGUUUGUACGUAAAAAGUAGUAUAGUGAUAAUCGAUCCGUUUGAAUUAUCAAAAAUAUUACUUCAACAUCUAACUACAAAUUCUUGA